AUGCAGAAACCUCGGAUUACCGAGAUACAUGUCCGGAUGGACUGCAAUGGAUGUGUACAGAAGAUUAAGAAAGCACUACAUGGCAUCAGUGGUAUAUAUGAUCUCUACAUUGACUUCCCUCAGCAGAAGUUGACAAUAAUAGGGUGGGCGGAUCCAGAGAAGAUAGUAAAAGCCAUAAAGAAAACAAGGAAGAUUGCCACCAUAUGUUCCCAUAUAGAGCAACCAACAGAGCCUGCUCCUCCUCCAGCAGAACAACCCCCUGAAGGGGGCGCAGCACCACCUCCCGAUGCAGCAAACCCUCCAACAGAAUCACCUCCACCAGCCGAACCAACUCCACCUCCUGAAGCUGUUCCACCAGCCGAGCCACCAAAGGACCCGCCACCACCGGAACAUGCACCACCACCCCGUCCACCCGAGGCACUACCAACACCUGUGGCUGCUGAGACCAAUCUAGGCCAACAACAUCCGGUGUACCACCACAGACCAAGAGAAGUUGGGGAAGUUCGUACCAUACACCACUACCCUCCUGAUUAUGGCUACAGAUACGGCUACCCUAAUGGCUACCCCGGGUACUAUAACAGAUACCAUAAUAAUCAAGGACCUCCACCGGAACCAACUCCUCCCCCUGCCCAGGCUCCUUCUCCUUCUCCUCCGGUUCAGGUCCAUGCACCACCGCCUGUCUAUGUGACACAUAGCUAUAACACAUACAGGCCAUCACCUUAUGUCACUGAAUACGAGUAUGUUCAACCACCCCCACCACAACAGACGCAUUACAGUAGGAUCAGCCAAUACCACCACUACAAUGAGGAUCAACCAUAUCACAAUGUCAGCAGCAAUGGAAAUGGAAAUGGCAAUAUCACAUCUAUUUUUAGCGAUGAAAAUCCGAACGCGUGUGCUGUAAUGUAGACAGAGAUUGGUGAUGAAGGCGGGCGCUAAAGAAUCUCAGGCGGGAAAGUUAAUGGAGAAUAUAUUGGCCUAUAAAGAUGUAUCAUUUGGUGGCAAGAUAUAUUUUCCAAUAAACAUGUGAUGAUGUUAGCCUGUUAGGGGAGGAAUCAGAUUCCAAUCUUGUAAGAGAAGAGUGAACUGAUCCUAAAUCCCACUAGGGGAACUUGAUACAUAGUACUACCUGGAAUUCAGUUUUAUGUAAUAGAAUUCUAUAAAAGCU